AUGGGGACCUUCACGAAGAGCUUCGGCUCGGCGGGCGGUUACCUUGCAGGCUCGGCCCGUUUCAUUGACUACGUGCGCACCCAGUCCUACAGCUCUGUCUACGCCGGCACGAUGCCCGCUCCGGUGUGCCAACAAAUCAUCACGUCGAUGCGGAUAAUCAUGGGGCUCGAGUGUGCCGGUGAGGGCGAUCGCAGGUUAAAGCAACUGGCCUGGAACACCCGCUACUUCCGAGCUCGUCUGCACGAGAUGGGCCUGAUUGUCUUCGGCAACCGUGACAGUCCUGUUGUCCCGCUCAUCCUCUACAUGCCAGGCAAACUCGUGGCGUUCUCACGAAUGUGCCUUGAACGGGGUCUUGGGGUUGUGAUUGUCGGCUUCCCCGCCACGGCCCUCUUGGCUUCGCGCUCCCGUUUCUGCAUCUCCGCAGGCCACACGAAAGAGAUGCUUGACCAGGUAAGCUCCUUGCCCACCUUUCCAGACGUGUUGUGCAUCACCCACCACACCGACUCCCACUCAGAUAACCUCAUUAUCGUGAAUUCACAGGAGGAAAGUCCGUGUGAUUCUGCAGCGGGGGUAAUUUCAGUUCAAGAGCAUAGGACCUUUGAACAUAAGGGUAGGAGCAUUAAGUCACCUUGCAAACUCGUGAAAUUUGGAGUCAUUGGGGCUUGA